AUGUCUUUUGGGGCAGUUGUAGAAGAAAUGUACAGUGAUAUUAGCUCGCGUAGCAGUUCUUCUGACGAGAGUGAAAAACACCAACGUGCAACCAUGCUGGACACGUAUGAUUCUCGACCAACAACGAAGGGUAAUUUAUUUAGCAUUUGAAACUUUUCUGGAGGAACUCUUUUGGUGUUUCAAGUUGACUUUAAUUAUUUUCUUAACACUGUGCAGGCUUCUCUGCGAUCAAAGAAGAACUUUUCUGCUAUCAUGUUUGCUUUACAUGUAGCUCGAAUUUCUAAAAUUCCCAUGUGAGAUUCGCUUAAAACACGCCAGGCCAUGGCCAAAUCGUUUCGUCGCUGAAAUUCAAUGAGGAUUAUUUAAACUACUUUUUUACUCUAGGAUGAUUUGGCACAGCAAAUUAAAAGCCUUAAUCUCAAACUGGAUUUAAACUGGACUUAAAUUAUGCGGUUCAAAGUUUUCCACUUUUCCCAGAUAUCGUAUUAGGGCGUAUCCUACGUGACUUAUAAAUGUAUUAUGAUACAGAAAUAUUAAGUUUUCGCACGAUAUAUUUAAUUCAACUGCUAAAUUAUUGUAAGUAUCCCAGCUUAUAGAGCCCGAGCUAUAAUGAUUUUUUUCACAAUGUAUUUCGAAACACUCUUGAUAGCACGCUAGAAGGGUCCUUAAAAUUAUCCAUUCAGUGAGGCAGCUGUUGAUAUGGAACUGAGUUGUUUAUGUUUCGAUUGCUGCAUACAAUAUUAAUUUUUGCUAUUCUUGAAAGCGGUAGGAUGUUUUAACGAAAACAAAAAGUUUGAUAAAAUCAGACUUAAAAAUAAGAUAUUUUUUUAUCAUAAAGUCAUAAUGAUCUCGAUGAGAAAAUCCUUUGCUAAAAUUCAGAUAGUUAAAAUUUUAUGGAAUUUGAUAGAAAAAAGUCAUCUUGGCUGAUGGGAAAAUGAAUAAAUGACAUAGAGAAAGAAACUCCCGGCCAUAAGUCAGUUUAACGCGCUUAUUAUUCUUAUUGAGUUUUGUUUUCAAUUAUUUAAAAUAAAACAGACAAAGAUUAUUUCAAACAUUGAAAAUUGCAUUGUUUCAAUGAUUGUGUUUUUGCAAUCUCUUCUUUAAUAUUUAACCAACCACAACCAAGUUUAAUCAGAGCGCGGGUUCAAUUAUUCUAAUUACGUUCCUAAUAUUCAGUAAAAGGGAGACAUGUUUCUUCCAGUGAAAACGAUGGUGGAUUAAAAAAAAUUGUCUUCCUAUGAGAGAAAUAACAGUCAUCCCUUAAGGCAGAUCGCGUAAGGUAAGACAAUUUUGUGAGCCAUGAUUCGACUUAAGUUGGGGUGGAAUUGAUUUCGGUUUGAAUGAAGACAUCACUUAGGGUUUGUCUGUCGAUUUUAACACAAUUUCAGAGAAGAUAUUUUCAAUUAGUAUCGAAUUUUCCGAGGAAGAAAUCGAGCAAAUUUUAAUUCCAUGAGAAAAGUGCGAAAGAUAUAUCUUUUUUGUGGUUUACUGCCGGUGUUUUGAUUCCAUGGUAACUGAUAUGUUAGGGUUUAGAUAUGGACAGGUAAAUCGCUGCAAGUUUUGAUAUGAUUUCCAGUCUUAUUUGCAAUAACAACUGGAAAUCGAAGAAAACGCCGAGCGAGAUAACUGAUACAGAAAAUACAAAAUUAAACAAGAUCUGUUUUCCUUUCCUCUUAAUUCACACAGUAAACUCUCUUGUUUUAGUUUUGUUUCCAUUUCGUACUUCAUUAAUAUUUUACUAUUGUGGUAAUCUGCGCGCCCGCUAAAUAUAUCACAGUUUAUUGUAAUGCAAGGUAGUCUCGAGGUAAAUCCGAGCGUCCUGAUUGGUUCCGAGCCGUGCACGUUUGGUUACAGAAGCCGGCGAAGUGAAAUUAAACAAGUUUGGCCCGAGUGCCAUAUAAUAAACUACCUAUUAACCUCGCUUGCUCGAGCCGUACUAAGGAAAAACUAUCUGGUGGUAGCAAAAGAGUUGAUUGUAUAAUUGAAUAAUGUUCAAAACAAAAACAUUUCCAGUUACCCAUUAGAUAGAUACUGAAACUUUAAACACCUCGUCCCUAUAAAUACGAAAAUAAAAUAUUUGAUUUAUUUCCAACUUUAGUUACCGAAAAAAAACUUGGUAAAAAUCCUUAUUCGCCUCGGGUCUACGAUAUUUUUCGACAAAUUCAGUGCUCAGGUCGCAGGGUUCGAGAAGAUCAUUAUGGAAGAUUUUUUUAUUUGACUCAUUCAACCUUAGUCGAAGCAGAAAUGUUUUUGGUUCUAGAUACUAAAUCUAAUGACUGUAUGCACCCACAGAGGUAAGGACUAAUAUUCCUACAGGAAGGGAAAUAUGUAUGGUUUGUUGAUUUGGUUUAUUAAACUUAUUUUGAGGUGGAAGAGCAAAGUCAAAGCAAAAAGGUAUCUCUAAAUUAUCAACACAAAGGAAAAAGAAGACCGUGCACCAAACGGCAAUGGAUCGAUUGCUGUACGAGAUCGCUGUGAGAACACAACACAAAGCAAAAAGCCUGGAGUUUGAAGCCAAAAACCUGAGUGAUACAGUGGACAACUUGCGUCACGAAAACAGAGCACUGAAACGACUUCAACGAUCUCAAACAAGGGAAAUUCACGAUAGACAUGACUUUGUAGAUAUGGCAAAUCUGUCCCUAAAGGGAUUUCGUAAAGAUGUGAGAUUCAGUGAAGAGAAUCGAGUUGAUGCUGAUGCUAGUGUUAGGUGAGUAAAUACUUAUUACUUAAAGAGUGGGUUGGCCUCAAUGUCAUGUCGAAGUCCAGCAGAAAACAUAAAGGGUGCAAGUUUCUAAAUAAACUGCGGUGCUGCGUCAGUGGGGGUGUAACAAUUUAAUUGAAUCAACUGAGUUGGUAAAAUCAAAUUUAUUAAGCGCAAAACAUUUCAGUCGAAAACCAAGUUCAGAAAUUUCAUCCCACGGGCGGUAGGCGGGGUUUUAGUGAAGAUACAUCUAAUUAUAUGAAUUUUGAUAUCCUGGUUGCAAAUCGAUGAUACCACUUGAGUGAAAAUCAUAGAAAAUCUGACGAUCACAUUUUUUUUAAACAAUAGAAAUAAUGCCAUUUUCAGAGUAAAAAAGGAAAUUUGUUGUAGUAUUCAUUUUUAUCGGGGAAUAAGGUAUUUUGAAUAAGGACACCACCAACUAAAUGUUAUAUUUUAACGAUAGGAAGAAAACAAAAAAAGUCAUACGGCUUGAGAACGAAAGUAAGAGAUAUGAAAAUCUCCUGCAACUUGACUCAAAACUCCCAAGCAUAGAAGAAUUAGAGCAGAAGAUAGAAAAAGCCGAUAGGGAUCUGGAGCUGAAGGACGAAAGGCUGAAGGUGAGAAGAUGAAUACUGAAUAUAAAGAAAUUAUUAUCGAUAAUUGUCAAGGGAUGUAAUUGCAUUACUGCAUGAGCCAUUUUCUCCGAAAAAUUCAGGGCCUCGCUGCUUAGCAGGAGUAUAAACGAAAAGCUGCAAACUCUUAUGGAAAGUGGACAGAAUUCCUUUUAUGGACGCCAUCCUAUAAGUGGGAGGUAGCAAUCCUUUUAGACGCGGAAUGCUCCGGAAAAUAGGGAAGCAGAUCAUCACGCAUGUGUGCAAUGGUCAUAAUAUCUACUUUUACAUCUUACGCUUUAAUCUAAAAAUUCUUCGUUGAUACGCUUAAAAAUUUCUUGUUAUUAAGUUAUUCGUUUUUUACUCAGGAAUUACAAACGAAACUCGAACUGGAUGACCAAAGAAUCACCCAAGAACAAAAGAAGGAAAAGAAACGUUUCGUGAAACUGCAACAUGAGAUAGAUGAAACUGUCAGAGAGUGCCACGAUCUAACUUCUCGAAUCAAAGUACGUACAAUGAACUUGAUCAACGUUAAAUGUAUAGAAAUUCAAGUGAUCAGCUUUUACGGAGAGAAACUCGGAUUCUCAAAAUUACUAGCCUUCUUUCCAUUCUCAAGUGAAGUUGUUUCAUUAUCAUUUGUUGUAUUCCCGCGCUCUCUUUCUUUAUCCUCUUUUCUUGUAUCUUUUCGAUUCUCAGAAUUCAUUACAUGCGAAUGGAGGGAAUUUAAGCCGCAGAUCGCACCAUAAACCCCUCCCAGACAUUGUUUUCUGCGCGAAGAGUGCUCUGCAUGAAAACUUAGAAUUCUUGGUUUAUUUUCUUUCUUCCACGAGAGACAGAAAUGAAUGCAUUAGUUGCAGUUGUUGGGUUAAGAUGGCACAAACUCUCACAGGUUUUAUCCUCUUAUGGAACAUCCCAUGACCCUUAGGCAUUCACCCGAAAGUUGCCUCACAGUAAUGAAUUAUAAACAUAGAUUAUUCGUGUAAUACCGCCACAGAAAACAAAAAUGCAUAAGGGCCCAUUCGCUGACAAAUGAUUCAUUUCCUUCGCAGACGGCAGAGAGGAAAAUCCACAAGACAAAUAUUUACUGCCGUAAGCGAGGACCCUCAACCCAGGCCCUCCCGGCCAUCACUUGGUAUCCUCCUGCGAUUGAACAGUCUCCAACAAAUAAAGUUCAAACCUGGCUGAAUAAAAAUUCUGACGGUUCCACAUAAAAUAGAUUUGCCUUUCGGAAUACCUUCCUCGUUGUGCAAGCGAUAAUUGUUCAUUAAGGCG